AUGGCUUCAAUGUCGCCUCUCAGCACUGCUAUCGUUCCUUCUGGAGCGUCAUCAAAUGGCGGCAGUGUCUCACCCCAACAGACAUCGACACCCAAGAACGUCGCAUUUGAGCUAUUGUUUCUCGAAUCCCCCCAUUGCCGUGCGCGCUUGCCAAUGCGAGUGCAAAUAUACCCCCACGACACAACGGACUCCAUUGUCACUACCGUGAAGAACUUUUAUGGUCUGUACUCGGGUCCGACCGGGUCAAAGGGAGUCAGUUUCGAAGAUGAUCUUGGGAACACUCUAAUUGCCCGGUACGAGAACUUUCGAAACAAUAUGGUAGUAUACGUCAGGGUUAUAGAGGAACCUCCGGCGAAUGCAACUGCGUAUUCUCCCCACCCUUACCAUAACUCAUCAGUUGGCACCCACCCUUACUACAGCGACAAUGGCUAUACUGCCACUCAGGCUCAGCGCUUACCCCAAGAGUUGUCCAGGCCCAGCUCUCGGACAUCACGGAGACGAAGCCCAUCCCCCAACACUGCUCGUGGCCGAAGAAGUGCUUCUGCCAGCACAAAUGGGAAGAAGGGCCGUUCUCGCUCCUCCAAGACCCGAGCUUCUGCCUCUCGGAGUCAUACCGAACUAUACAGCGACAGUAUAAACGGCUAUAGCAGCAAUGAUGAGCAUGACUCGACAUCUGGAAAGAACAAGGACCAACUACCUACUACUGAUAUCAGUGUCGAGAACAUUGUUGAAGGUGGCCGUCGUAAGAGGGCCAAGUUUGAAAGCUCGGAACUUCCAUUGUUCGCACCACCCCAGAUGCCUGCGGCGACAUCGAAUCCUUCCGUAUCUCCUGCUCGCCGAGCUGAGCCUCAUCGGCCCGCAAUGCCGUUCGUGCAGCCUCAUCAAAAUCCCUUCAUAAACCCUCGCCCUAUGCAGUCGCCCCAAGGCUAUUCACAUGGCAUCACACAUCCCAAUCUCUACUCAACCCCGGGACCCGAUCGCCGAAACCGAAACAGUGGCGGAUAUACCAGUAGCGCCAUGGGAAUCCUUCCUACUCCCGACCCAACUAUUGGCAGUUGUGUGUCUGAGGAGGACAAGGAUGUUGCUAUCCAGCUGAUGCGACUUGGUGACAUGUCCAACGUCUCCCACGGCCGAACCUCUGCUUCUACUCUCGAUGAUACAUUCAGUGGCAGAGCUGAUGCUGCUUCCUCGACUGGAGCUACUAGUGAAGGCGAAAGCGAGAGUGAGACCGAAUUGCCUCCUGCGCGACGCCAGAAGCUAGAUAUUUCCAGCACUGCUAGCAAUGUCUAUCAGACCACCGAGUCACACUUCAUGCCACCCCCUGAAAGCGCCGAAGUUAGUGGAGACGAUGCUGACUAUGAGGAUGGCGCUGACGAGUCUCUGCUCUCGACUGGCAAGAGCAAGCCUGGCAAGACUCAGAAAGUCCCUGCUAAACCUAAGGCAUCUGCCUCUGUUUCUAAAGCACCAUCGGCCAAGUCCUCCAAGGCUCCCCGUCCCUCUAAUGGCGUCAAGGGCAAGAAGCUGCCCCCUGUCCCAAGUGGCCCAAUGUCGCCAGCUUCUAUGCCCCCUUCGCGAAAGCAAUCCAUUGCGUCUACCGGACAAACUCCACUUGCCCCUGGCGAGGAUGACCAGCCUGAUCUUUCCACCAAGCCUCGCUGCCAACGCUGCAGAAAGAGCAAGAAGGGGUGUGAUCGCCAAAGGCCUUGUGGACGUUGUCGUGAUGCUGGCCUGUCGGCAGACCAGUGCAUUAGUGAGGAUGAGGGCAACGGCCGAAAGGGUCGAUACGGUCGUCACAUGGGAGUGCCCAUCAAGAAGGAUGAGGUCACCGCCGUUGUCCAACCUGCGCUAUUACCCGCUGCACCCAUCGCGGCUGCUGCCAUGACAAUGGAUAAGUCCAAGAAGCGCAAGCGAUAA